GUCGAAGAUAUCGAUUCCUUCAUUUCAUGUUUCAUGAAUUCUAUCUAAUUGUUGUAUUCAGAUUAAUGUUGUAUGAGUUUCAGUAUUUCCAACAAGUUUAAAGAGUUGAGUUAAUUAAAUUAUGUGACAUGCAUAUGAAAUUAUCAAUCUGGCUUUAAGUUAUACCAAAGAAGUUUGCGCUAGAACUCAGUAAAAAUGUUGUGAAUCGUAGUUAGAUAUAAGCUGCAGAGCGCCAGCGCCAUGGCAGCGGACACCGCAGUCGCACCGACGCCCGAAGAUACCCUGGAAUCACUACUUCGUGAGGCAGAGGCGUUGAAACAAAAAUUAGAGGAGGAGCGACAAAAGCUUAACGAUGUGACAUUGUCGUGUGUGGCGGAGCGUCUGGAGCCUGUUACCUUCCCCAACCUGAAGCUGCGGCGUGUGCUGAAGGGUCACCAAUCCAAGGUGCUUUGUGCAGACUGGUCGCCUGACAAACGCCAUAUUGUCUCCUCUUCUCAGGAUGGUAAGAUCAUCGUAUGGGACGCGUUCACCGCGACCAAGGAGCAGACAAUCUCGAUGCCGAGUACGUGGGUGAUGGCCUGCGCCUACGCCCCCUCCGGCAACAUGGUGGCCGCUGGGGGCCUGGACAACAAGGUGACGGUGUUCCCGCUGGGCCCGGAGGAGGAGGGUGCCGGGGGUGGGGGCGCGGGCGGGGCGGCGCUGCGCAAGCGCACGGUGGCCACGCACACGUCGUACAUGUCGUGCUGCAGGUUCGCGCACUCGGACCGGCAGCUGCUGACGGCGGGAGGCGAGGGAGCCUGCGCGCUGUGGGACGUGGAGUCGGGGCAGCUGCUGCAGAGCUUCCAGGCGCACGCGGCCGACGUCACCUGCCUGGACCUGGCCGCCUCCGAGAUGGGCGACACGUUCGUGUCGGGCGGCUGCGACCGCGCCGCGCUCGUGUGGGACAUGCGCAGCGGCGCCGCCGUGCAGGCCUUCGACGCGCACGACUCCGACGUGACCGGCGUGCGCUUCCACCCCGCCGGCGACUCGCUGGCCACCGGCAGCGACGACUCCUGCUGCCGGCUGUUCGACCUGCGCGCGGACCGCGAGGUGGCGCGCUACGCCAAGGACAACGUCAUCUUCGGCGUCAACUCCGUGGCGUGGUCGGUGAGCGGCCGCCUGCUGUUCGCCGGCUACAGCGACUACACCGCCUGCGCCUGGGACGCGCUCCGCGCCGCCCGCGUCUGCGUCCUCUGCGGCCACGAGCACCGCGUCUCCUGCGUCCAGCUCGCGCCCGACGGCACCGCGCUCGCCACCGCCUCCUGGGACUCCACGCUCAGGAUUUGGGCGUAGAGGUGUUUCACGAAGCGGUUCCAUUGCGGCAAUGACAUUCCGGAGCGCGCCGCCAGCCCGCGGUCCUGCCUCAUUUAUCUUAUGGACGAUGACUCGUUUAGAAUUCAAAUGAUUUCCCUAGCAGUCGUCUGCGGCAGAUCUGUAUGAGAAAGUUUGCAUUACGUUACAAUAAGUAAGGGGGUGUGUGAGUUGAAGUGAAGCGCACACGUUGUGGAGCGCAUGUGUCACUGCGCAGGCGCCGGCGACGUGUACACACUCAUAUGUACUUCACCUUUCAACUUCUGUCGUUUAUAUAUUUAUUACCAGUUUUGAAUUUAUCGCCAUUUAAUAUUAAUUAUAUAUAAAAAUUAGUCUAGUUGUUUAGUCGAAGUGUUAUUGUGAAUCUGUCGUCAGAUGGCGCUCGAAACUUUACUUAGAAAAAUGGCUAUGUAAUAACACGGGUCGGCCACAAAAUCCUCUGCUAAGAAAUCUCUUCAUCGAUACUGAGAUUUUAGUUCCCUGAAUCUAUUUCUGUUACUAGAUUUUUGUCUCACGUCUAGA